AUGGGCUCCGUCAUUCUCAACCACGUGCCGGAACAGAUCGACUGCAAGAUGUUGGGUACGCGCAACACUGAAUACACCGAAUACACUCGCGCAUCUCAACUAGAGGGACGCUCUAGAUCGACUUCCUCCAACUCGACCCCCACUUCCACUUCCACCGCCCCGCCAACCGCUGUAGGCUCUGCUCGGCUUCCUGCGCAUUUGGAUGUCCCCGCCUACAUCAACUCCCACACUCCUUCCACUCGGGCCCCCUCCGACAAUCCGUCCCAUCCCCCGCCUUCGAUGACCUCCCACUCAAAUUAUGGGGUUGCUCGCGAUCAUCCGUCAUAUUCCAACACCGCCACUCCAUACUCAAGUGGCCAUGCCACCGACUCCAUGAAUUCCGGGCCCAACCCAUAUACCCAGUCCUCACCCGAGUCGCCACGAUUGCAACCAACAUUCCGAUCGAUGCAGUCACUUGGAAAUUCAGAAGCCAACUCACCAAGCCGAAUCCGUGUCCAGAGCUUGUCUCACAUUCAGAGCCUGGCCAGCGAAGAAUUCCUGGCCAGAUCUCAGAACCCGGGCCAUGGCACACAACCACGCCACUUCGAGAUCAGCUCCAUGCCCGUCACCGAGAUCAUUGAGAUGGUCGCCGGGCUCCUCACCAAGAUCACCACCACCAACGAUACCCAUCACGAACAUGUUCAUCGCCACAUCCCUCCGCCCGACGGCGCCUCCAACCUGACUCCUCAGGCGACCAGCGUUCUUGCCUUCCACGGCAAGAACGUCCCCAGCAUCACCAUCCUCAGCUACCUCACCCGCAUCCACAAAUACUGCCCAACUACCUACGAGGUAUUCCUCAGCUUGCUGGUCUAUUUCGACCGCAUGACUGAGCUUGUCAACAGUGGGCAAGACGACCCUGUACAGCAACGAUAUGAACCGACUCCAUCUACCGGUUCAGAAUCAUACCACUCUCCGGCAGGCCGACACGCGCAGGAUUCCUCGAUUGUUACACCACCCUCCUCGGCAGGCAUGACAGCUUCAGACCCCAAAGGCCCGAACGCAUCCAUCUCCCCCGCACUAUACCCCCAAGGGGAAGACGAGAGCCUCUCCCACUUUUUCGUCGUCGAUAGUUUUAAUAUCCACCGACUGGUCAUCGCGGGCGUGACCUGCGCGAGUAAAUUCUUCUCCGAUGUCUUUUACACCAAUUCACGCUACGCAAAGGUUGGAGGUCUUCCGCUUGUGGAGCUUAAUCAUCUGGAACUGCAGUUCCUAUUACUCAACGAUUUCCGACUUGCUAUCCCGGUCGAGGAGCUCGAAUCCUAUGGCACUAUGCUCGUAGAGUUCUACGCCCGUGAGGUCGUCGCUCAACAACAACAGAUGGCCGCGCCCCGAGCUAUUCCACCGUCCAUGUCAGAUUCCCAAUCCGAUGCCAUGUACAUGCGGUCUCACGAGAAACGCCGAGAUCACGGGCUCGGACAAACGCCGACACCGCCUUAA